UACCUCGAACGGUCAGAUAACUGUCACAAUAACGCAGAAAAAAGCGCUGAAGAUGACAAGGACAGGCUCUUGGACUAAGCUUACGUUCAUCUGACUUGUUGUAACCCUUGUAGCUGGCUUUUAUUCCCACCGGUGUCUUUUGAAAGUUAAAAUACGUCGCUUUUGAACUUCACCUCCAAAAGUGGAUGUGAUCAUCAGCAAGCAGGUUUCUUUGCCCAUUAAUGGGAAUCCACCCAUGGAUCUAAGUGUGACCCACAGGUUGUUACAUCCAGGCCCCGAUUCGGCCAUGCUGGCUCCUCGCACUCCUUUCUUCCUGGGACCCUACAACGCUCCGCAUUGUGCCCAGUUUUCCCAGCAGCACUUGCAGUAUAACAUUGAACAAAGGCAAAGAGAGAUGGGUGAGGAGAAAAGAGAAGAGCUACAUCAGCUGAUACAAAAGAGUAAAAAUGAGCAGAGUGCUGUGGCCAGUCCCCUGGUAAAGCAAAAACUUCGAGAACACAUAAUUAUGAAGAGCCAGCCUACCCAUGACAGAGUGACUCCCAACCACAACAGUCCUGCUCCAGGAUUUGGGCUCCGGGUUCCUGACAUGUCCCCAAAGCCUCAGCCUACGCCCUGUGACCAGCGUGUCUUGAGAAGAACAGUCUCUGAACCCACGCUGAAGUGGAAGUUAAAGAAACUCAUCACCACAAGACCAAACCCGUUGCAGCGUAAGAUCAGUGCCCCUCCUGCCGUCAAGCACAGGACUGAAACUCUGGACUCCUCACCGAGCAGCAGCAGCAAUCCAGCAUCAGGGUGCAGCUCUCCAAACGACAGCCUCCAUUCAGAUAAUGGCUCCCUGCCACUGUCCCAUGAGGCUGACUUGCGAGAAGCAAGGCCAUUGGCAGUAUCAGGUCUCCAUCAGGUCUACCUGCCUCUAGAAGGAAGUGGUCCAACUCUUCCUCAGCGACUGCAGCCCGUGCUUAUACUGGAACCACAUACUGGGCUUCUGCGCCCCCAGCUUGUCUCUCUUCCUGGUUUGAGCUCCAUCCCUCUGCAGCAGCACCCUCACCUGUCUUCUCCAUCCAGAAGACAAGGCCACAAACCUUUGGAGCGAACACGUUCAGAACCGCCACCCUACAGCCACUCACAGCUACCUCUGCAAACCAGCCAUCAUCCACAUAUCCAGCACCUGCUGCACCAGCAGCAGUACCACAAGAGUGGGGUGGACAGGUUCAAGCAGAAUCCACACCUGAGCAAGAUCCCAUCAGAGGACAUGGACUUCGAGGAGACUGGAUCGGGAUCGGGUUCGGGGACAGGUUCUGUGUGUGGCUCAGAGCCCGGCUCAGUGUGUGAGGAUGACUACCGCCGGAGACAGAGCAAUGCCAGCACAGACUCAGUUUAUGACACAGAGUCCACUACCUCCUCCCGGGAGAGCUUGAUUGAGCCUUCUUUCAAUCAGAGGCAGGUGAUCCUUAGAUCAAGUCUGCAGAUAGAUCCAAUGAGUGUGCCAUCCUUAAUUUGGCCUCACCAGCCUGUCAGUCGGUCCCGGUCCUCCCCAGCGUCCACUUCCCUGCCUCCUGCUUCACAUCAAGCCACCACCAUACCUUCCAUGUCAUUGUCCAACCCUGCUACAGACAUCCAGCUACGCUUCACCACAGGUUUGGCGUAUGAUGGUCAGAUGCAGAAGCACCAGUGUAUCUGUGGGGACAACAGCCGCCACGCUGAGCAUGCAGGGAGGAUCCAGAGCAUCUGGUCUAGACUCCACGAAAGGGGCCUAAGGAGUCAGUGUGAGCGCAUCCGCAGUAGAAAGGCAACCUUAGAAGAGCUGCAGUCAGUCCAUUCAGAAAAACACGUGCUUUUAUUCGGCACCAACCCACUCAGCCGCCUCAAGCUGGACAGCCGCAAACUCGCUGGAAUCCUGUCUCAACAUGUUUUUUUGAUGUUACCAUGUGGAGGGGUUGGGGUCGAUAUUGAUACAGUCUGGAAUGAACAUCACACAUCAGCAGCUUCCCGCAUUGCUGCAGGAUGUGUCACAGACCUGGCACUAAAGGUGGCACAAAGAGAGCUGAAGAAUGGCUUUGCAGUUGUGAGGCCCCCUGGACACCAUGCAACCCAUUCCUCCCCCCUGGGCUUCUGUUUCUUCAACUCUGUGGCCAUUGCUGCCAAGCAGCUCCAGCAGAAACUCAGCGUCAGCAAGAUCCUCAUUGUGGACUGGGAUGUGCACCAUGGCAACGGCACCCAGGAAGUCUUCUAUAGCGACCCGAGUGUGCUGUACAUCUCUCUACAUCGCUAUGACAAUGGCAACUUUUUUCCCGGUAGUGGACACCCCAGCGAGGUGGGUGCAAGUCCAGGUGAGGGCUUUAAUGUGAAUGUAGGAUGGAUGGGUGGACUGAACCCCCCAAUGGGCGAUGCAGAAUACCUGGCUGCAUUCAGAGCUGUGGUGAUGCCCAUCGCUCACGAGUUUUCCCCUGAUGUCGUCCUCGUGUCAGCUGGCUUUGAUGCUGUUGAAGGACAUUCAUCAUCACUGGGAGGAUACAAGGUUACAGCCAAGUGUUUUGGCUUCUUGACCCGUCAACUGAUGUCACUGGCAGGGGGAAAGGUGGUCCUGGCUCUGGAGGGUGGGCAUGAUCUCAAAGCUAUCUGCGAUGCUUCCGAAGCCUGCGUCAGCGCCUUGCUGGGCAUGGAGGUGGAGCCUCUCUCCCAGUCCGUGUUGGACCAGAAGCCCUGUGAAAAUGCAGUGCUUUCUCUGCAGAAAGUCAUCCAGAUUCAUGGUGAGUACUGGCAGAGUUUGAAGGAUUCAGCCGCCACAGUGGAUAUGUCCUACUUGCAGGCACAAAGACGAAGACUGAGACGAGACUCGGACAGCGAGGCCGUCAGCGCUAUUGCCUCUCUGUCAAUGGGGUCCCUCACAUCCGACAGGAAACAGUCUGAGAAAUGACUGAGAAAGGUGAUUCUCUCUGAAGAAAGAGUCUCCUCCUCACAACAAAGUCUCUACACACUCUGUACACACACAAACACACAAAGUAGCGCUUUGGAUCAUCACUGGAAGCAGAUGUCACCUCACAAAAACUCCACCUGCCCUACUACUGGCUGCAGUCUGACCCCUGUGAUUCAAACACACUGAUGACCAGUGACCAUCUGGACCACAUUCAUACUCUCAUCCCUGGCUGAAAUGAGAGAAAGCUAAAAGAGACACCCAGAUGCAGGUUAAUGAAGGGUUUUCCCCCCGUAGCAACAUGACAUUGCAUGUACAUCUUGAGAAAACACAACUCUGCAAAAUUUAGAGACUGCUUUGAAAUAACUCUAGCACGACCUUGCGAAAGAGCCCUAAGACUGUUGUAGGGAAGGGUCAAAGGUCACCUCAGCUUAUGGAGCCACUCAAUUUGAGAGGAAGGAGUCAUCCCCGAAGGGUGUGUGAGUGAAGGAGAGCAGACGUAUCCCUGUAUCGUGAUGUCAUUCGUCUGCAUGUGACAGCGACGUUGCGAGUUUUUCUGAUCAUCUUGCACUGCAUGUCUGUUCAUAUUAUCAGUUUAUUUGACCUGUGGAACACAAAUGUCAACAUGACAGGUUUUUUUAAGAAUCUAGAGUGAAGCUACAAUGAAGUCUGACACACACGUGUCUCCUAUUGUUUUAUUUGUAUGUUCACAUAUUUUUUCUUUUUUCUUUCUUGGCGUAUCGGGCGAGCGCAUGCAGCAAGACCUCGGACUGCUGUAGUUAUUGAUAACGCUCCCCAACAGAUAAAAGACACGUCAGUCUCUGACAAAUUACAUUUUAAAUAUGUAGACAUGCUGUAGUUAGUAUUGGUGGCAUUAGUCACAAUGAAGAGCUAAUACCUCUAUUCACUG